UGAGGGCAGACGACUUGUGAAGCCCCGUUCCACCUUCUGCCUUUGGCCUCUGAUCCCACUUCCUCCAGAAUCAGUUCGGAGAUGGCUGCCCUCUGGCUCCCGAAACUCCCUCAGGCACCUGAGUCACCUGCAGGCUUUGGCGUCUGAGUUCUGUCCUGGCUCCACAGCCCUGGCUCCGCUGGCCUGAAGGGCAAGUGGGAGGGGAAGGACCUGUGUUGUGGAGUUGCCAUGGGUUGCUGGAGCAAACACUCCUCCCUCCCAGGAUCCCUCCCUCCAGUCUGGCUCUGGCUUAACCUGAGAGCAUUGUUACUGUGAGCAUGUGCUGAGCGUGGGGUGCCCCUGAGUCAUCAGGGAGAGCGGCCGACAGGGUCUUGCAGCUUAGAGGCACACUUCCUAAGCGUAGGCGACAGAAGGGCAGAUGUAGAGCGAGGCUGUGGUGAGAAAGGCUUUGUCCUACCCCAGGACUCUUGAGCCAGGGCCCAUUUUCUCCCCUUGUGGAAUGGCCAGAUGACUGGCCAUUCGUGAACAAGUCACAGAGGCCUAGGAUGGGGGAGGUCUUGAGGCUGCGGGGGUGGUGGCUCAGGAAUCCAGGGUCUGGGCCCACAGGAAGGAACACGUCAUGGCUCUGUUGUCUCCUCAUCAGCCUCGACAAGGACAAACAUUUCCGCUCCCGGCGCAGAGUUAGGGUGGGGCUUGGAUGACUUCCUCAGUUCAGGGCUAUGUGCGGGGGAGGGGAGGCCCGUUGGCUCAGCUGGUAGGAACCAGGCCUUACAAAGUGGCAGUGACUCGGCGGUGAACCCCGAGUCCAGCCUCGUGACCCUUGCUGACCCAAGUGUCCUGGGGCUUGUCCCUAGCUGGCUACACCUCUAGUACCUAGAUUUCCCCAAAGUUGCAUUUCAGAGAUGGCAGAGGCUGUGACACCUCUGCCAGGGCUGACAACUCAUGUGACUCCCGCUCUGGCAGGGAUGGGACUGUCCCCUCCCAAACAAGCCAGGUCGGGGCCCUGACCCAUCUAUGGGGGCGAGGAUUUUCCCUGUUGAGUGGGGGUUUCCCAGGCCUGGCUAACCGGAUCCUGACCCUGUGUGCCUGUGGAGGAGGGAAGGGUUAGGAGGGCAAGGAGUUUGAACUCUGAACCUAGGGCAGGCUCAGCUUCGGGGGCUGAGACCCUCAUACGGCGCUUAAUGCCCCUCUAAGGGCUGAAGUUUUCCCUGGGCCUGCCCGGGAGAUGGGUGGAGUCUCUUCUCAGGCCAGCUCCAGUUUCCAUGGAAACCCACAGGCUUCCCACCCCGUCGGCUGCCUGGGCAGACUCCCAGCCAGGGCCUCUUUCACCGCCGCCGCCAGCCAGCCAGCCAGCUUCUUCCCAGGACCAUAGGCCACUCCAGCCUCAGCUUCUCUUGGCCCCCUCCCUGUGUCUGUUCCUGUUCCCGGGCCUCUGGCCCCCGAUGCCUUCAGGAGCUUGGGCCUCUCCUGCUCCACUCCUAAACUUCAGCUUCUCAGCAAACAGGCCUCCCAAGUCCCUGCUUCUCCCUCUCAGGCCUUGCUAGCCUCACCAGCUCUAGGGCCUGGCCAGGCCUCCCAGGCUCCCUCCUCCACCCCCACCCCUUCUCACUCAUGGAGCCCCUGGGACUGGUCGUGCAUGGGAAAGCUGAACCUUUUUCCACAGCACUCCGAAGCCUUGUCAACAACCCGCGAUACAGUGAUGUUCGCUUCGUGGUCGGUCAAGAACGGCAGGAGGUAUUUGCCCAUCGGUGCUUGUUGGCCUGUAGAUGCAACUUCUUUCAGCUACUUCUGGGCACAGAGCCAGGCCCCGGGGUGCCCAGUCCUGUUGUGCUAAGCACUGUGCCAACUGAGGCCUUCCUGGCAGUGCUGGAGUUCCUAUAUACCAACAGUGUCAAGCUGCACCGCCACUCUGUGCUGGAAGUGCUGACAGCGGCUGUGGAGUAUGGGCUGGAGGAACUGAGAGAGCUGUGCCUGCAGUUUGUGGUGAAGGUGCUGGAUGUGGAGUUGGUUUGUGAGGCCCUGCAGGUGGCCGUAACCUUUGGCCUGGGGCAGCUGCAGGAGCGCUGCGUGGCUUUCAUAGAGGCCCACAGCCAGGAGGCCCUCCGGACCCGAGGCUUCCUGGAGCUGUCGGCGGCAGCGCUGCUGCCCCUGCUCCGCAGCGACAAGCUCUGCGUGGACGAGGCUGAACUGGUCCGCGCGGCCCGAAGCUGGGCGCGCGUGGGCGCGGCGGUGCUGGAGCGGCCGGUGGCCGAGGUGGCGGCCCCGGUAGUGAAAGAGCUGAGACUAGCCUUGCUGGCCCCGGCGGAGCUGAGCGCCCUGGAAGAGCAGAACCGGCAGGAACCACUUAUCCCGGUGCGGACGCGGGAAACCGGCCCAGCUCCACUCAGCAGCGGGUGGAGCAGAUUGUGGAGGCGUGGAAAUGCCAUGCCCUGCGGAGAGGGGAUGAGGCCCGGGGCGCCCCGUGUCGCCGCCGGAGAGGCACCCUGCCCCGGGAGCAUCAUCGCUUUCUGGACCUGUCCUUCAAAUGAUCCAACGCCGGGACUCGCAGAGAGCCCUGGACCCGCCCAUCUGAGCCUGCUCCAAACUACAGCUCCCGAAGUGCUCGGCGUUCAGAGUGGGCUUCCGUUCCCAGCGUGCCCAGUGAGCUGGCCGCCGGAAGAACCGUUGUCUGCCACGCGCAGCCCCUUGUGCGGGAUCAAGCCCGUGUGGGCGAGGUGGGGUCGGGUCGGCAGGGCUUGGGCUGGGCCUCCCUGAGGGGGUGAAACUCGAAAACGAGGAUUUCCUUCGCUCCACACCCUCACUCUACGCCCUGCCCCUGGGCAUCAUCGUCUACUAGUCAAUUCUGAUGACUCCCACAUAUCUAUCUGUUCAGCUCAGCUCCCUCUUUCUUUUCUUUUCUUUUCUUCUCUUCUCUCUCUCUUUCUUUCUUCUCUUUUCUUCUUUCAUUUUUUUUUGAGACGGAGUCUCGCACUCUCGCCCAGGCCGGAGUGCAGUGGUGCCAUCUCGGCUCACUGCAAGCUCCGCCUCCCGGGUUCACGCCGUUCUCCUGCCUCAGCCUCCCGAGUAGCUGGGACUACAGGCGCCCAUCACCACGCCCGGCUAAUGUUUUUGAAUUUUUAGUAGAGACGGGGGUUUCACCGUAUUAGCCAGGAUGGUCUCGAUCUCCUGACCUUGUGAUCCGCCCGCCUCGGUCUUUUUUUUUUUUUUUUUUUUUUUUUUUUUGAGACAUUGUCUUGCUGUGUCCUCAAGGCUGGAGUGUAGUGGCGCGAUUUCGGCUCACUUCAACCUUCGCCUCCCAGGUUCAAGCGAUUCUCGUGCCUCAGCCUCCUGAGUAGCUGGGAUUACAGACAUGCACCACAACGCCCGGCUAAUUUUUGUAUUUUUAGUAGAGACGGGGGUUUCACCAUGUUGGCCAGGUUGGUCUCGAACUCCUGACUUCAUGUGAUCUGCCAGCCUCGGCCUCUCAAAGUGCUGGGAUUACAGGUGUGAGCCACCAUGCCCGGCCUCAGCUCCUUCUUUCAUUCCAGACCUGCCCCCCCUGGAGACUGCUCCCUGAAUGCCCCUCAGACACCACCGGCUUGGUGCGAAAUUGAUCUCCCCAGCUUUUCCCCGGCUCUGCCCCCAUUGUGUUUCUCAUUUCCGUGGGCACCCACGCCAGAAACCUGGAUCUCCUCAUCCUUGCCUUAUCCCUCUUCUUCACACCUGCCUUAGGUCUCUUUUUACCUUGUAAGAGACCUUUCCAGUUGGUUCAGUUCUCUCAGCCCCAGGUUCAGCCUGUCCUGUCUGACACAUCUCACAGCCUUCCUGCCUUCCCUCCAGCGCCCCCUCAAUCCAUUUCCCACAGUGCAGCCAGACCUGUCUGAUUGUCAGUCCUAUGGGACUUAAGUCCUGGAACAUCCCAUUGACCUCCAGGACAAAAUUCAAUCUAUUUCACUUUCAGGGCACUCAAAACUACUAGUGAGUGGUUCCUCAUCUCUUCUCUCAAAUACAAUCUUUGCAUAAAUUCAUUUAUCCUGGAGGUAUUAGUCCUCUAGCUCCAUACUUAAUCAGUUACUGCGGACCCCUCUGCUACCUCCUUCAUUCACUAUACAUCUUGUUUUCCCGAGGAUGUGAAUCUCCCUCAAGAAAGAUCCCUGGGGCCUGGAGUGGUGUCUUACUCGUUUCUGCUUCCUCAGUCUCUGUCAGAUAAUCAGUGCUAUGUAAAUGUUAAGUAAAUGACUUUAUUUAUUUA